AUGCCUCACUUCACAGUGGUGCCGGUGGAGGACCGCGGCCAGUCCCACUAUGACAGCCUGGAAGGGCUCAACUGGGUGGAUCACAGGGAUGCUGCUGGCGGAGGCUACCCGGGCCACCAGGACACGGCCAGCUCUGAUGGACUUGGGAAUCACAAAGAAGAUAGUCCAUUCCUUAAUAAUGUGGAUGCUGCCAGGAAAAACGACUUCUACGACCGGAAUCUGGCCUUGUUUGAGGAAGAGCUGGACAUACGUCCGAAGGUCUCCAGCUUCCUCAGCCGAUUGGUCAACUACACCAACAUCACGCAGGGAGCCCGGGAGCACGAGGAAGAGGAGAGCGCCAACGUCUCCCGCAAGAAGGCCCCGAAGGCCCCCAACAUGGGCACCCUGAUGGGGGUGUACCUGCCCUGCCUGCAGAACAUCUUCGGGGUGAUUCUGUUUCUGCGGCUGACCUGGAUCGUAGGAACGGCCGGCAUCGCUCAGUCCCUCAUCAUCGUCUUCAUGUGCUGCUCGUGUACAAUGCUAACAGCCAUAUCAAUGAGUGCCAUUGCGACGAACGGUGUGGUUCCAGCUGGAGGAGCCUACUUCAUGAUCUCCCGCUCGCUGGGCCCAGAGUUCGGAGGGGCGGUGGGAUUGUGUUUCUACCUGGGGACCACCUUCGCCGCUGCCAUGUACAUACUUGGGGCUAUAGAAAUCUUCCUGAAAUACCUUCUCCCCCAGGCGGCCAUAUUCCAUGCCAGCGGCCCCCACGGCGGGGACAGCGCCAUGCUGAACAACAUGAGGGUGUAUGGGACCCUCUGCCUCAGCCUCAUGGCCCUGGUGGUCUUUGUGGGCGUCAAGUACGUCAACAAGCUGGCCUCGCUCUUCCUCGCCUGCGUCAUCAUCUCCAUCUUCUCCAUCUACGCCGGUGCCAUCAAGUCCAUCACGCACCCCCCGGAGUUCACGGUCUGCAUGCUGGGCAACAGAACCCUGGAGAGAGACCUCUUCGACGUGUGCUCCAAGACGGUGGUGGUGGGCAACGAGACCGUCCCGAGCCAGCUGUGGAGGUCCUUCUGCCCCGAGGGGAACGUGAGCAGCGCUCAGUGUGACGACUACUUCAGCCAGAACAACCUGACGGAGAUACCGGCCAUCCCCGGCCUGGCCAGCGGCAUUAUCAGUGACAACAUGUGGGGGGACUACAUGCAGAAGAAUGACGUGAUGGAGAAAGCGGGCCUGUCCUCGGUGGAUGCCAAGGGGCCGGCGGAGAGCAUUGGCAUGUAUGUGACCGCAGACAUCGCCACAUCCUUCACGCUGCUGGUAGGGAUCUUCUUUCCCUCCGCUACAGGCAUCAUGGCGGGGUCUAACCGGUCGGGAGACCUCCGCGACGCCCAGAAGUCCAUCCCUGUGGGAACCAUCCUGGCCAUCACCACCACGUCGCUCGUCUACUUCAGCUCUGUGGUUCUGUUUGGGGCCUGCAUCGAAGGUGUGGUCCUGAGGGACAAGUUUGGGGACGCGGUCAAUAAGAAUCUAGUGGUGGGAACUCUGUCCUGGCCGUCACCCUGGGUCAUCGUGAUUGGCUCCUUUUUCUCCACCGUGGGGGCAGGGCUCCAGUCCCUGACCGGUGCUCCCCGUCUCCUACAGGCCAUCGCCAAGGACAACAUCAUCCCGUUCCUACGGGUGUUUGGGCAUGGUAAGGCCAACGGAGAGCCCACCUGGGCCCUGCUCUUGACCGGGGUCAUCGCUGAACUAGGCAUCCUCAUCGCCUCCCUGGACAUGGUGGCCCCCAUCCUUUCCAUGUUCUUCCUGAUGUGUUACCUCUUCGUGAACCUGGCGUGUGCCGUCCAAACUCUGCUGCGCACACCCAACUGGAGGCCACGCUUCAAGUACUACCACUGGGCGCUGUCCUUCCUGGGAAUGAUCAUGUGCGUGGCGCUGAUGUUCAUCUCGUCUUGGUACUACGCCAUCGUGGCCAUGGGCAUUGCCGGCCUUAUCUACAAGUACAUCGAGUACCAAGGGGCAGAGAAGGAGUGGGGCGAUGGGAUAAGAGGCCUGUCACUGAGCGCCGCUCGCUACGCUCUGCUGAGACUGGAGGUCGGGCCGCCCCACACCAAGAACUGGAGACCUCAGCUGCUGGUGCUGCUGAAGAUGGACGAAGACCUCCAUGUCAAGUACCCCCGGCUGCUGACCUUCGCCUCGCAGCUCAAGGCGGGCAAAGGGCUGACCAUCGUGGGCUCUGUGAUCCAGGGGAACUUCCUGGAGAGCUAUGGGGAAACACAGGCGUCUGAACAGGCCAUCAAGAACAUGAUGGAGAUUGAGCGGGUGAAGGGCUUCUGCCAGGUGGUGGUGGCCUCCAAGGUGAGGGACGGCAUUGCCCACCUGAUCCAGUCCUGCGGCCUGGGGGGCAUGAAGCACAACACGGUGGUGAUGGGCUGGCCCUACGGCUGGAGGCAGAGCGAGGACCCCCGCGCCUGGAAGACCUUCAUCAACACGGUGCGCUGCACCACGGCCGCCCACCUGGCCCUGAUGGUGCCCAAGAACGUGUCCUUCUACCCCAGCAACCACGAACGCUUCAGCGACGGCAACAUCGACGUGUGGUGGAUCGUACACGACGGGGGCAUGCUCAUGCUGCUGCCCUUCCUGCUCAAGCAGCACAAGGUGUGGCGGAAGUGCAACAUGCGCAUCUUCACCGUGGCCCAGAUGGACGACAACAGCAUCCAGAUGAAGAAGGACCUAGCCACCUUCCUCUACCAGCUAAGGAUCGAGGCUGAGGUGGAGGUGGUGGAGAUGCACGACAGCGAUAUCUCCGCCUACACGUACGAGCGGACGUUGAUGAUGGAGCAGAGGUCUCAGAUGCUGAGGCAGAUGAGGCUGUCCAGUGCAGAGAGGGACCGAGAGGCCCAACUGGUGAAGGACCGGCACUCCCUGGUGCGCAUGGGAAGCCUGUACUCUGACGAGGAGGAGGAGGUGCUGGAGUCUCCCACGGAGAAGGUCCACAUGACCUGGACCAAGGAGAAGUGUGAGGCGGAGAGGAGGAACCACACCAACGCCCCAGAGAACUUCAGAGAGCUCAUCAGCCUAAAACCGGACCAGUCCAACGUGAGGCGGAUGCACACGGCGGUGAAGCUGAACGAGGUGAUCGUCAACCGGUCCCACGACGCCCGCCUGGUGCUGCUCAACAUGCCCGGCCCGCCCCGGGACACGGGCGGGGACGAGAACUACAUGGAGUUCCUUGAGGUUCUGACCGAGGGCUUGGAGCGAGUGCUGCUGGUCCGAGGAGGGGGGCGGGAAGUCAUCACCAUCUACUCCUGACCAACCACCCUAACCCUAACUACUGCUACUACUCUACUACUACUAUACUACUACUAUAAAGGGCUCGCCGGGCCUCGGCCCAGACCCGGCGAUACACAGCAACACAUGACCAGCGGUACUGGUGUUCGCUUUACGACUUCUGAGAUCCUUUACAAAAAGAAGACUCUCUCAGAAAUAUCUGUUAAUAUCCCAACUUUUCCAAGUCACGUUCAGACCAAACGUCCAUCAACGAUGUCAGUAUUUUUUGUAUUUUCUUAGUUAGAAGCUCGCUAACUAUGCUAGCGUGUAGAUACACCUGCGACUAAAUAGGGACUCUGUACAACGCAGUCAGACGGACUCUUCUGGACAGUGGAUUGGUUUCUUUCUUUCUUCUGCUACGCUAGCUUCUGCAGUGCGCCUCACCCAACGCUUUUAGCAGCGCCUUGGCAGCAGAAAUGUAUUUAUUACCUUAUUUAUUUGUUAGUUCUCCCCACAAUGAGGUUAGAGAGAUAUAAACAUGAUGAGAAAUUGUAAAAGUCAUUGCUGGUAAUGGACGUGUAUUAAAAUGUUAUUUGUGAAUGUAGAUGCAAGGGAAUUGUAAAAGCAAUUGCUGAAGGUGUUCUUUGUUUUUUUUUUAUUUAUGGAUGUUUUGUAUUCGACAAGGAUUUAUAUUGUUAAGAAAUACGUUUUGAAGAUAAAUAGUUUUUGGAAUCACCACACAUGUAUUUUUAUUUGAUUUUGUAUCUGACGGACUAGAAACAAGAUAUAUUUCCUGCGCCAUCACAGGCAUUGUUGCACACAUUCCUGUUUCUUACUCUAUAGAUUGAAGUGUGGAUGGGAAAGACUACCUUUUGUAUUAAUAAAUAAAACACCAAGGAAAUGGAA